AUGGGCCGAUCUAUGCUUCCAAUUUUAAUACUAACAACUUUAGCACUCACGUCGAGUGAUGUUCUUCCAAUUGUAAUAAAUGAAAAAAUAAAUACAGAACCAUUUAGCAUUGACAACCAAGAAAACGACAAUAUAUUUAGUAAUAGAUAUCAAACCAGUAAAAUAAAUAGCGAUAUAUUUUUUAACAACGGAGCAUCGCGGGAUAAUUAUAUACCUCUCCCAUCUAUAAAGGAAAUGAUAGAAGAAAUGUACGCUGGCAAAGACAAUAAUCAAAAUAUAAAAGAGAAUGAAGAAAGUAUCAACAAAGAAGAAAACUAUGACGAUAAAGGAUAUCGAAAAGAACAAUGGCAUAACUACCCUAGACAGUUGGAUCGCCUUCAAAAUUAUCAGUACAAACGUAACAAAUUCGAUGAAGCUCCAAAAGCUGAAAAUAACGAUGCAGACACAAUUAAUAGUAACACUGACGAUUUCGCAGCCAACGAAUUGAGCCUAGAUAGUACUGAUGGCAGUCGUAAUGUAUAUGAUGAUAUUGUAGCCGCGACUAACCCCUUUUUAGUUCUUAAAGUACAAUUAUCAUUCUUACGGAACGAUAUGAACAGAAACGACUUAAAUGAAUACUCUAAUUUGCUGUCAUUACUAUCUGAAACCAAUCAGAAAUCAAAAGAAAAAGAAAAUAAAUCGUUUUUGAAAGUUUUUGAACCCGCAGUUAACGUGAAGGUUAAGAGAGAAAAACCUAUCAAGAUUCGAGAUAAUGAAAUUUCAGACGAAGAUUCAUUUGCCUCUGAUAUAGGAACUACGUCGGACAGGAAGAAGACGGUGAAAAAGCGACUGUUUUCACUUUGGAGCCGCCUGCAGAGUUUAUCUCACAGAGGUCACGAGCUUCACCAUCGUCGACAUUUGCACGCACUCUACGGUUUACCUGAUAAUAAUGGAAACAAGAUAGUGACCGCUCAAACGAGGGCCAUCUUCGGGCGACCGCCAGGCUCGCCACUACGUUGGGGAUAA